GAGAUGCGCCGACUGCGCUUUCCAAGCGACGCUUUCCCGGCUUUCCUCUCCCGGGCCGCACCGCCAUAUUGAGACUCGCGAGGGCUCUCGGAAACGUGAGAAGCCCCGCGGGAGGCGCAGAGAUUUGCGAGGGGGGGAAAGGGGCGAAGCCGCUUCCCUCGGCUUUCCCCCGGCCCUUUCUCCUCCUCGGGCUGGGAGACCCGCUAUCCUCGGCCGAAGCCGGCGCGGCUCACUUCCCACACACUGACGAGGCCUCGCUUUCGACCGGCGGGCGGGAGGCGUUCUGUCCCUGAGGCAGCCAUUUUGUAUACUAUGGCAACUUGGAUGGAGACUGAUAACAAUGAAGAUGUAAGUUAUAUAGACAGAAUGGCAGACCUGGUGGCUGUCUGGGAAGUAGGCCUGAGUGAUGGUGUUCACAAAAUUGAAUUUGAACAUGGGACCACAUCAGGAAAGCGUGUUGUGUAUGUAGAUGGAAAGGAAAUAAUAAGAAAAGAAUGGAUGUUUAAAUUAGUGGGAAAGGAGACAUUUACAGUUGGAGCAGCUAACACAAAGGCUACUAUUAAUAUUGAUGCAGUCAGCGGAUUUGCAUAUGAAUAUACUCUGGAAAUAGAUGGAAAAAGUCUCAAGAAAUAUUUGGAGAAUCGGUCAAAAACAACAAACACUUGGGUUUUACACCUAGAUGGUACAGAUUUUAGAGUUGUUUUAGAGAAAGAUACAAUGGAUGUCUGGUGUAACGGUAAAAAAGUGGAGACAGCAGGUGAAUUUGUAGAAGAUGGGACAGAAACACAUUUCAGUAUUGGAAAGCACAACUGUUAUAUCAAAGCUAUCAGCAGUGGAAAGAGAAGGGAAGGAAUUCUUCACAUGCUCAUUGUGGAUGAUGGAGAAAUUCCAGAAGUCUUGGAAUAGCUUUCAGAGACUAAUGCAGAUAAAAAUAUCAGGGAUUUUCAAUUACUGUGGUAUAAUUGACAACUUUAAUGUGUACUUGUUCAUUGAGUCUGUGAUGGAUUUUUUAAGUUAGAACAUAGAAAAUUCACUAGAGGGCCAAAUAAAUAUGUAAAGUUAUGUAUAAUUAUUAUUUUGUUAUAUAGGGACACUGAAGGGGAACUGACUAAUGUAGAAAUAGUUUACAUGGGACAUUUUAAUAAAAUAGUGCAGAAUAAAAGAGUCAGUUUGUUCAUUUACAUAUUGGAAGGUUUUUUAAUCCCUUUAAAUUAAAAUUAAUUUUUUAAAAAAAACUUGUGUACUGCAGCGAAUGAGUAAAUGUAUCUUUUUGAGAUUUAUGAUUGGUGAAACUGAUACCAGACGUCUGCAUGCCUAUGAAGUUAACUUUCAUCUCUAUGUACUAGGAUUGCUAUAAGAGCCCCAUAACUACCUUCCCUAUGUAGCCAUUUCAUUCUGUGGGCCUAAGGAGAUCUAUCUAAUGAGUUUGAUUGAAUUCAUGAUCGAUGAGUGCUUGAGUUCAGAAAUGGUGAAAUCACAAUGUCCUUUGACAACUCUAUAACUGCAUAUAGAAGGUAUGAUACAGUAAAAUCAAGUCUUAUAUUUUCAAAAUCCAUGUAGCUUUAAGAAUGUAAACAAAACUAUGGAAUAAAUAUAAACUAGAUUGUGCCCAAAACACUUCUAUGGCUCUUAGCAUAAAAAGCAUUGUGUAGAUGAAAAAUGAUAAGUAAGCAUAAAUGUACUAGAGUCUUCUUAAAAGGAUUGUAAAAUAAAAUCAAGGGAUUUAACAAUAGGUGGUUAUUUUCAUAUAUACAGUUAUCAGGAAGGUUUAAAGUGGAUAAAAUAUGUCUUUGAAUAAUGCAGGACUGAGUUUGAAAUAGAAUUAUGCACAAAUGAUGUUAUUGCCAAAAUGUAUAAACUUUUGUGAAAAUACGAAUCAGAAGAACAAGAAAGAAUGUAAGAUAAAAUGGGCUAGGACUUUUCACCUCAAUAAACAAUAGCAUUGGCACUUAGACUUA